AUGGCUGAAGUCGGUGCCGUCGCCAGUGUCGCUGGACUCAUCUCGCUCGGACUCCAGCUCGCAGAGUGCGCCGUCAAGUUGAAACGCUUCUGCGACCAAGUCGAAAAGGCCCCCGAGGCACUGCGCACGCUCGAGAUCGAAAUCAAGCUCUUCUCACUUCUGCUCCAGGAUGUCGAGGCCUUCCGUAUACAGCGCGCGAUCACGCCCUCGCCGUCCCUCCUGCAGUGCAUAUACCACUGCCAGAUCGUCGCUGCCAAAAUUGUCAACUACGUUCAAGACAUUGAAGGCAUCUCGAAGAAAUACAAGCUUCCUGGUCGUGUCUAUACUGCACUUCGCCUUUCGGAUGUUAAUGCACUGUGCAGGAAUAUGGAGAGGACGAAGACGAACCUUAUCAUUGCGCUACAAUUACUCUCCGUAGGAUUUCCGGCCGCCUCGAUCAAUUCCAACCCAACUGCCUUGACUCAGGCUAUGCACACCGGAUAUUCUCAACAUCCUGCGGGGUCUUCAGAGCUCCUAGGCGGUGUUGUAGGAGAAGGAGAAGAACAACAUGAGUCACAUACAGAGACACAGCUCGCCAGGCAUAAUCGUCAGCCAGUUCCCGCUACCAAAGGCCACUCCAGAAAGUUUACCUCCUCCAAACGAGUCUUCAGACUCCAAGUUUGGCUUCCCUGGCUACUCGGACAAGCUGUUUGGGAUUUUUCCUUGCGGCGGUCCUAUCGAGGCUGGGAAAUGUGUUUCCAAUGCGACAAUAUAAUCCCAGACGACAGCCUUGUAUUCUAUUAUGUUCUGAAGGGAGAUACGAUGGCAGUGCAAAGACUCUUCCGGGAAGGCAAAGCGUCGCCUUACGACAGCAAGAUCAAUGCAUGGGUCCACGUGGAACGGCUGUGCUUUCUAGAGGACGGCGCUGCAAGCCUGUCAGACGAGAUGUACUCUACAAUAUUGUCCCACAUGGCGAUGCGCGAUCGGGCUUUGACCGCAGAGAUGAUUGCAGGAUACCGCCGCUUCUAUCAUUACUUUGUUGAGAGAGAGGUCGACCAUUCCGGAGGCUUUUUCAAUGAGCUUGUGGAACUCUAUGAGAUCGACAUACUUGACCAAUCAUGGACGCUACUCUAUACUUUGUGGUGGCUGAUCCACCUCUCCUGCAGCGAAACUUGGACGAAUUUAAUCAUCAUUGGACUGGUUCAGACUGGAUGGAAAGCUUCUCUCAAAUAG